GAGAUGGCAGUAAUGCAACAAAUAGGACGCCAGCUGCAUGACGAAGAAGAGGAGCAGAAGGAAGAAGGGCUCUUCAAAAAUCCUGCCAGCAACCUGAAACGCACUGCCAGUCUGUGUGGCUUCGUCCUCUCUCCGCUUCACAGCCUCAUGAACUUUCUGUCCCACCAUACAACCAUGAAGAAGACGCUUUCUUUGUGUUCGCCGUGUGCCGCUGUCCUCCUUCUCCUCUUCCUCUCCUGCACAGUCACAUCUGCAGAGGAAGUGAAAAACUCCCAGUGUCACAACUACGCGGGAGGACACGUCUAUCCCGGGGAGGCUUUCCGUGUUCCUGUGUCUGACCAUUCCCUGCACCUCAGCAAAGCCAAGAUUUCAAAGCCUGCACCACACUGGGAGGGAACAGCCGUCAUCAACGGGGAAUUCAAAGAGGCGAAGCUGUCGGACUACAAAGGCAAAUAUCUGGUCUUUUUCUUCUACCCGCUGGACUUCACAUUUGUUUGUCCCACUGAGAUCAUUGCAUUCAGCGACCGUGUGCACGAGUUUAAAGCCAUUAACACAGAGGUGGUCGCCUGCUCUGUGGACUCCCAGUUCACCCACCUGGCCUGGAUAAACACACCCAGGAAAGAGGGCGGACUUGGACCAAUGAAAAUCCCUCUGUUGUCUGACCUUAGUCACCAGAUUUCUAAAGACUAUGGAGUCUACCUGGAGGACCAGGGUCACACGCUGAGGGGACUCUUCAUCAUUGACAACAAAGGCAUCCUGAGACAGAUCACCAUGAACGAUCUUCCAGUGGGACGAUCUGUGGAUGAGACUCUGCGGCUGGUGCAGGCCUUCCAGUACACCGACAAACAUGGAGAAGUGUGUCCCGCAGGAUGGAAGCCAGGCAGCGACACAAUCAUUCCCGACCCUUCAGGCAAGCUGAAGUAUUUUGAUAAAUUGAACUGAAAUGUGUUUCCGUCUUCCAAGCCUGUGAAAUCCAAAUAAAAUGAAAGUACAAAUAAAAAGUGUUUUCCAAAGAA